AUGGAAGCUGAGGACAAAGCCAGAGCGGAAGGUGCGGAUGCAGAAACAGAGAUGUUCCAAACUGAGAACCACGGUUUAAAUUUUGAUGCGUAUGAAGACAUUCCAGUGGAAGUGUCUGGUAACGACCCGCCGAAACCGAUCGAAUUCUUCAAGGACGUGGACUUUGGGAAAGAAAUCAACGCCAAUAUCGAAAGAUGUAAAUUCAAAAAGCCGACUCCGGUGCAGCGUUACGCAAUUCCGAUAUCUCUCGCCGGUCGGGAUUUAAUGGCAUGCGCGCAGACUGGUUCCGGUAAGACGGCGGCGUUUUGCUUUCCAAUCAUUUGCGGCAUUCUCAAUCGCGGCCUCUUGACUGGAGGCGGCGGACAGAGAGGCAGAAAAACGUUGCCAUUAGCGCUCGUGUUAUCACCAACGCGCGAGUUGGCUAUUCAAAUUCACGAAGAAGCGAGAAAGUUUGCGUACAAGACGGGAUGCAGAGCGGUGGUUGUCUAUGGUGGCGCUCCAGCUGCCGAACAGUUUCGAGAAAUGGAGCGCGGAUGCGACAUUCUCAUCGCGACACCAGGGAGAUUGAUUGAUUUAAUCGACCGAGCCAAAGUCGGAUUGGCCAAGUGCGAAUACUUGGCAUUAGAUGAGGCGGACAGGAUGUUGGAUAUGGGUUUUGAACCGCAAAUUCGACAGUUGGUGGAGCAAAGAGACAUGCCUCGCACGGGCGAGCGUCAAACGAUGCUCUUCUCUGCGACGUUUCCAAAGGAGAUUCAAAGAAUGGCAUCUGAUUUCUUACACGAUUACGUUUUCUUAACCGUUGGUCGCGUUGGUUCUUCUACCGAACUCAUCAAUCAAACGGUCUGCUAUGUCCCAUCGUAUUACGACAAGACUCAAAUGCUUUUGGAUUUGACGGAAGCUGUCCCGGGUUUGACGCUUGUGUUUGUUGAAACGAAGAGAGGCGCCGAUCAAUUGGAGGACUUUUUGUGCGAGCAAGGUAAACCGGCGACAUCCAUUCACGGUGACCGCACGCAACAAGAGAGAGAAGCUGCGUUGAAGUCGUUCAGAGCCGGGAGAACUCCAAUCUUGGUUGCCACGGAUGUCGCGGCGAGAGGCUUGGACAUUCCUCACGUCACGCACGUCGUGAACUUUGAUUUACCGACAGAUAUCGACGAUUACGUCCACAGAAUUGGUAGAACUGGACGCGCUGGUAAGAAAGGUCAAGCGACUGCUUUGUUUGGGGAUAAGGAUGCAGGCAUUGCCAGAGCUCUCAUGGACGUCAUGUCCGAAGCUGGACAAGAAGUUCCAUCCUUUCUCGGCGGUUUUGCGUCCAGAUCUUCCUAUGGCGGUCGAUCUAAAGGUCGCUCGGGUGGUGGUAGCAAAUAUGGGGGGAGAGAUUAUCGUAACCAUGGCGGCGGAGGCGGCGGUGGAGGCGGCGGUGGAGGCGGCUACGGUGGAGGCGGCUACGGUGGAGGCGGCGGGGGCGGACAUGGAAGCCGUACGAGUUGGGAUUAG